UUUAAGUCCAAUAACAAAACCAUUAUAUAACAUCCCUAAAAUAAAAUAUUUUAUUACUAAAUAUAAAAUAUCAAACCCGUUAAUUAUCUAGCUUUUUCCUAAUCAUUCUUCCACAUUUCUAGGCCAUCUGUAAUCCCUUAAUUAAUUACUGCUCUCUAAUCUUUCCCAGUUUAUACUAUACCCUUUUCUUCUCUGAUCUAUCCAGGCCACCAGCCGCUCCUGUUUGUAUUGAACUUUAUUAAUUUGGCCCUAUUGAGGCUUUUGAGAUUUGAGGUUUUUGGGUUGUUAAUCUGAUCUUUUCACGGUUUUAGACCGACUGAGAAUGGUGGAGUGUGGUCGAAGUAUGAUGGUGUGGGUGGGCUUUAUGUGUGUGAUCUUCACGGCGUUAAUCUGCUCAAGUGAAGCCCGGCCGCCGCGCACGUUCCAUGCCGGCGGAAGAGAUGGGUGGAGGUUGCUGCCGGAUGAUGGGUUGAAUCGCUGGGCUGAUAAAAGACGCUUCCGAGUCAAUGAUACCAUCGUAUUCGAGUACGAGAAAGGAAAGGAUUCAGUGCUGGUAGUGAGGAAAAGAGCAUACCACCAUUGCAACAAAACUAGUCCAAUUCACACCAUGACGGACGGCUUUUCAACACUCAAGUUUACCAGGAAUGGCCCUUUCUACUUCAUCAGCGGCUACGCUCAAAACUGCCUCAACGGCCAGAAGCUUCGCGCCGUCGUUAUGUCUCCCAAUCACCGCCCCUCCCCUCUUCCUGCACCCCAGACACCGCCGCCUGCUUCCACUCCUCCGGCAGCCUCACCGUGGACGUCGCCCUCUCCUUCUCCAUCUGCCAAGACUCCGCCACCGCUUGCUUCCACUCCUCCGGCAGCCUCACCGUGGACUCCUUCUGCCGAGACUCCGCCACCGCUUGCUACCAGUCCUCCGGCAGCCUCACCGUGGUCGCCCUCUCCUUCUCCUUCUGCCGAGACUCCGCCGCCGCCGGUUAACACUCCUCCGGCAGCCUCACCGUGGACAUCGCCCUCUCCUUCUCCAUCUGCCAAGACUCCGCCGCCGCUUGCUUCCACUCCUCCGGCAGCCUCACCGUGGACGUCGCCCUCUCCUUCUCCAUCUGCCAAGACUACGCCGCCGCUUGCUUCCGCUCCUCCGGCAGCCUCACCGUGGUCGUCCUCCCCUUCUCCAUCUGCCAAGACUCCGCCGCCGCUUGCUUCCACUCCUCCGGCAGCCUCACCGUGGUCGCCCUCUCCUUCUCCAUCUACCGAGACUCCGCCGCCAUCUCCCUCCCCUAACGUACCUGCACAGCCGCCACCGCCCCCUUCCUCCGCCGGAGACGGAUGGAUCACGGCGCCCGCCCCACAAAAGGGUUCGAGCCCGAGCUCGGCACUCAUAUCUUGGGGCUUGACAAUGGCGGCAGGCAUCCUCAUUUCCCUGGUUUAA